AUGUACUUGCUUAUAACUGUCCCUACUAAGCUGACUACCUUCUCUCGGUGUGUCAUACAUGGACAUGAUAUAGCGAGUGGUUUUACUCAGAUCUCCCUAACUAUUUUCUUGCAACCUCACAUCAUCUUACCUUGUACUAGUGGGUACUCGACAGGAUUGUUAACACGUCUUGAUAUCAUGAGCACUAUCAACCAAUCUUGGUGUGGAGUCCUUGUUCUCUCUUCGUGUGGAUGGGCUACUCUUCUUCUCGUUAUCCACCGUGUGAUUUCUAUUUCCGUGAAUUUAUCAGAUAGAAAGAAGAAGAUCAUCCUGAUAGUCUUCUUCUCUCAGUUAUUCGUCCAGAGCAUUGCUAUUGUGGUCGGAGGGCUUAACGUUGAAGAUGGGGGGGAGAAAGCUAAAGCUAUCUGUAUGGAGAAGUUGGAAGACUAUCCCAAAGAGAUGGAUACUUUUCAUGGGCUAAAUUUUGCUUACUCGAGAGCCAAACAGCGUAAAAUCACUAUUGGCAUCAUUUAUUUCGGUAUCAUCAAGAUAGUCUCGGUGGGAGUUCCUAUUGCCAUCCUGAUAACUUGUAGCUGUUUAAAUAUAGGGAGUGUCGGUGUCUCACAUUAUGCAACAAUCAGCGUUGGUCUUUAUCCCAUGAUUGGUCCCUACUACGUGUUGUUGUCGAACCCUGAAUAUCGGAAGAGAGUAAUUGAGAUAACAACACGAGCUCGAAAAGUAACUAUUCUUCAACCUGGGAAAUCGUCGCAGUCUGCUCAGUUCCUAGCCAAUCAGCGUAGAAUUACUGUUGGUAUAAUCUAUUUCUUAGCUGUCGAGUUAGUCGGUGUGGGCGUUCCUGCUUUUAUUCUUGUUUUUUGUGCCAUUUUCAACAUUGGUAACCUUGUCGUCGCUCAUUUUUCAAUACUUCUAAUAUGCAUUUAUCCGAUAUCUGGUCCUUACUAUGUGUUGAUGUCUAACCCAGACUACAGCAAGAGGGUGAACGAGAUCAGGGAGAAUUUCUGCUCAAGGCUCUGUUCUUUCCGUUCCGCUAGGAAGGUGGCUUCAGUCCCGAGUGUUGAAACCGUGACUUCGAUCUGA